GACAGUUGAAGUUUAAUAGUUUAGUUCUUCCGUACUCUUUUGUUUGAUGAGAUAAAAGAUAAAUGUUUUCAUUUUUAUUUCACAGUUCUGAGUGCAAUGUAGUCAUGUAUUUGUCUAAAACUAACGAUACUAAAGACAUAAACUAUUAAAAACAACAAAUAAAUAACAAAGCACUACCUAUGUUUCAAGUUAAUAAGUUAUCGUUCAUGUCCAGUUCAUCUUAAUUCCGGAAAUAUGGCUACAGCAUCAUUCGCAGAGAAUGAUACCUUGCUCAAUAACCAGAUGGGCCAAGUCAGCAUAUACAGCCAGGAGCCCAACGACGAGUUGUGGAGAGAAUGCGCCGAAUGGCUGAUCAGAUGGGAAGUGUUGCCGGGCAACCACCGAGCCAACGGGCCCUCCGCCUGCAUAGCCGAUCUGGCCAACAUUCUACGCGACGGCGUUUUGCUCUGCAAAUUGCUCAAUCGAAUCGAUCCCGGCUGCAUCGAUAUGAAAGACGUCAACUUGAAACCCACCUUGGCCCAAUUUCUAUGUCUUCGCAAUAUAAAUUUGUUCCUGAAAUCGUGCGAGAAGCAUUUCUGUUUGAGACAGUCCGAUUUGUUCGAUGAAACCAUGCUGUUCGAUCUGUCGAAUUUCCAUAAAGUCUUGUGUACUCUAUCGAAGCUCUCGUUGUGCUCCAAAACGCUCAAAUCGAAGAUACCGGGAUUCACCGCACAGCGAUUGAGGCGAGAAGAGGAGGUUAUUUAUCAGAGUUUAAGAAGCGUAGAUAUACCGUUAAGAACGGAAACGAAUUACGCCCAACCGAGUUGGUUGCAAUUUAGGAUUCCCUGUCCGCAAUCGGGGGAGGAUUGGGAGGAGGACGUCUAUGGGGAUUUGUGUUAUGUCACGCUCGCCUCCGCCCUACCGGAGCAUCCCCAACCGACUGAAAAAAGGGACUUCGUGAUAAAGGAGCUCCUGGAAACCGAAAAGAAUUACGUCGAUGUACUGGAGAAAUUGCGCAAGAAUUUCAUAAUGCCGCUCGCUAAUCAAAUGCGGUCCGAUCAUCAUUCCUGCAUAUUUUACAAACUAAAGGAACUCAAAGAGGUCCAUACGGAAUUUCUGGACGAUUUGCUGCGCGUCAGGAACAACCCGACCGUACGGAUCAGCAACAUCUUCAUGAGGUUCAGGGAGAAGUUUCUCAUAUACGGCGGUUAUUGCGCCAAUUUAACGAAAGCCACGACGAUAUUACAGGAAUUGUGCGAUACCGAUGAAAUAUUUAAUCAAAUCAUAAUCAAAUACGAGAAAGAAGACAACAACGGAAGGUUCAAGUUGAGAGACGUUCUUUCCGUGCCGAUGCAGAGGAUUUUGAAAUAUCACCUGCUUUUAGAUAAGCUGAUAGAGCACACUAGUGAGAGUCACGAAGAGUACAACGAUCUGAAACGUGCCAAAGAGGCGAUGCGGGACGUGGCCGGUUACAUAAACGAAGUGGCCAGGGACAGCGAGCAUUUGGACGUGAUAAACAAUUUGCAGGAGACGAUCACCGAAUGGGAUUUGAUGCCGACGCGAAAGCUCUCCGAUUUCGGUCGAUUGGUGAUCGACGUCAGUCUCAGGAUCAAAGCGCACGACGAUCAGAAGACGAGGAAUCGAUACGUGUUUAUAUUCGACAAGUGCAUUUUGAUAUGCAAACAGCUCAAGUGCAAUCAGUUCGCCUAUCGCGAAUUACUCAACAUAGCCGAUUACCACGUAGAAGAAAUCCACAACAGGGCGGUUUUGAACAAAGAAGCCCGAGCUUUCUUCCAAUUUCUUUUGGUCAAAGACGGCAACAAAAACGCCUAUACGAUUUGCCUGCGAACCGUCGAGCUCAAGCAAAAAGUCAUGAAAUCCAUCAACGAUUGUUUAGACAACCUGAAACCCAAAGCGCUGAAACACACCACGCACAACUUCGAAUUAUACACUUCGACGCAGCCGAACCAGUGCUUCUUCUGCUCCAAAUACCUCAAAGGUUUGAUCUCGCAGGGUUACAAAUGCUCGACGUGCGGCAUGAGCGUGCACAAGGGUUGCAUCCAGAAGUCUGGCAAGUGCGGUCAGACUUUACGCGCAAGCGCAGGAGCUUCGACCGGUAACGGUUUGAACUCGAACGAUCCGUUGAGGGACAAAUUGUGGUUCGUAGGGGAGAUGGAUAGGAACAACGCCAGCACGAAAUUGGAGAAGCGCGAAAACGGGACGUUUAUGGUCAGAAUUCGGCCGGCUAGCGACGAUGAUAACGAUAAAUACGCUCUCAGUUUGAAGACUGACACAGUGAAACACAUGAAGAUAUGCUGCAGGCACGAGCAAUCGGGCGACGCGAAAAAGUACUACCUGUCCCAAUCGAAGUUUUUCAACAGUAUUGAAGAAUUGGUGCUCAAUUAUCAGAAUUACAGUUUAAAGGAGAACUUCGUCAAAUUGGACGAGAAUACGAAGCUGUUGUGGCCGUUUCGUCAAUUAAAGGCCACGAUCAUUCGAAAUUACGAUGCGAAGGAUCGAUACCAAGUGAGCGUGAGAGAGGACAAUAGCGUCAUCGUAGUGGGAAAAGAGGGAUACAGGGAGGGUUUUUGGAAAAUCAGAAUCAUCCCUAGCGAGACUGGAUUCGUUCCCCAUAAUGUGUUGCGAGUAGAUGGCGAAGUUCGAUUCGAUUGUUAACCAUUAAACAUCCGUGCGAAAAACGUUAUUCUGCUAGUCAAAAAGAAGCGACGAGAGGGAGGAAUUUAAAAAAAAACUUAUAUCGGAACUGCAAUAAAUUGUGUGCGACAACGCUGGAUUUUCUAAAUGAUUUACGAAAUGUUGAUUUUAUAGAAUGUUUUUUUAUAGAUCUGGAAUUAUUGAUUAUAUACGUCUAUAUUUUAUAUGUAUACAAAAAAAAUGUAUAUGUAAUUUAUCAUACAUUUUAAGAUAUAAUGAAGAAUACGAUGUAAUGUUCAUGGAAUAAAUGUUGAAAUUA